GAAUCUAGCGCCGUUUACAGAUCUGUAUUUUGCCUUUUGUGCUGGGUGUGAGACAGUCCGGAAUCAUGAACCUCUGCGGGAAAUUUUCAUGCUUAAUUGGCGUCGGUUCAAUUUGUCUGAUUUUAUACUUUGGCGUUGUAGAACAAAGUGGUUUCUACUUGGAGUCUGAUUGUGGCAACAGACCAGAAAACAAGGCAAUGCUGCCACCAUUGCAUUACAUGCCUUUAUUUGGUUAUCCUGUAAACAUCAGUAUUUGGCCAUGGAUUGUUUCUUUACAAUACAGCCACAAUGGCUUGGAUUCAUUUAAGCAAUACUGCUCAGGAGCCAUCAUUUAUGAAGACUGGAUAUUGACAGCAACAUCAUGUUUCUAUGAGACUGCAUUCAGAAAUUCAAGGAACUGGAGGAUCCAAACUGGGUCUUCUGACUUGAAUUAUAAUAGCCCCCACAUACAGACAUCCACAAUGGAAGAUGUUAUUUUGCACAAAGAUUACCACCCUGACUCAUCAUGGAAUAACAUUGCACUGGUGAAGUUGACAACACCACUGGUAUUCAAUAACUUUGUUGAUCGUGUCUGCAUACCUGACCUAAUGAAUGUGGAGCGGUUUAAGUAUUCAACGUGCCACAUCACUGUCCAUGAUAACACUGGAGUUUUGAAAGAGAGCCCUGUGAACAUAUUUCCACAUUCAACAUGUAACAUGCUUUCAUGGCAUAAGUUCAAAGUGUCUGCAGAUAUGUUUUGCGCCGGCUACGAGUAUGGAGGUUUUGAUGGAUGUCUGGACGAUACUGGUGGACCAUUGAGUUGCUAUGUCCCCACCACUGGAAGACACUAUGUCAGAGGGCUUCGAAUCAUAACAAAGAAGUGUGGAGUCCCAAGGAGGCCCAAUAUUUACCUACAAGUUAGCAAAUAUUACUACUGGAUUGCAAAUGCUGUCGAUCGCUACAAAGAAGCUCACUCUUAGUCAGUCUUUGUCAUCAGUCAUGAAGUUGUAAAGAUCACCUUUUGAGAUAUCAAAGGUUUGAAUGCAUUAACUAUUGAGUGUUUUAAAAGGAUCAAAUCAUACAUUUGUCAUGUUUGUCGCAACAUAAAUUGUAAAUUUAAGGAAAGAAAUGAUGGAUGAAUAAAAUAAAUUUGUCAUGUUUGUCGCAACAUAAAUUGUAAAUAAAAAAAAAAAC